UAAGUUAACUGUUCUGACGUAGAUAUAGCCCUGUCCAGCAUAUGGAGAGCACGAGAUUUCUAUGUUGUGACGCAACUUGAUUACUAACAUAUAACGACCUUGAAACUUAAAAAUUUCAAUCCAAUCUUCUAAGAGCGAGGACGCACUAAAGUUUAUCCGGCAGGGAGGAGAUAAACACCUUCUCUCGAGGCUGGUGAGAAGUUUUCGCGGCAAGCACGGCGCCUUGAAUCUCCUGUCAAUUCUCCAAAAAAUGGGUUCUACCAGUAGCUCUCACCCGAGUUAUGAAGACGGCGAUGUGUCACGCAUUUCCACUGAAGAUUUCGAGCCAUCUCGCCUGACUUCACCUUAUGGAAAACGAAAAAAAGUUAAGAUUGGAUUCUGCGAAAUUCGUCUAUUCUGGGCAAACUUAUUUUUUGCAUUUCUUGCUGUAGCCGGCCAAGUCGGUCAGAACGUUUCACUUCCCCUUUGGAUCGAUUCCGUGAAUGGGAAACAUUCGGGAAAAUCAGUCGACAGUUACUUUGUGCUGUCUUUCGCGAGUUUGUCGUUUGUAGUAAUAUUUGGACUUGGAACGUUGUUCAUUAAAACAUUUUCACCUCAAGAUCUCGGCGAAACAGAAAAACGUUUUCCACACCUUCUGCUCUUCUUGGUUGGCUUCUGUGACUCUUUGAACGGAGCUCUGGUUGUAUUCGCGAGUAAAGGGUCGAGAACACCGCCAUACCUUCAAGCGAUUCUUGGAAACUUCAUGAUCCCUUUGACUAUUUUAAUCAGGAUGCUGAUUUUGCGCAAGAAGCCCACCCUGCUGAAGUUGUCCUGUGGUGUCAUCGUGGUUGUUGGUCUUUUUAUUUGCCUCAUCCCAACAAUUUUUCCCGAUGUUGAUCCCAAAGCCGAGAAAAGAAAAAACGAUGCUCAGGGUGUUUCCAGAGUAAUGUGGCCGAUGAUUUUCAUGCUUGGUUUCGCUCCUUUAGCCGUCAUGAACGUGAUCGAAGAGAAGGGAGUGAAGAUGGAAAGUAAAUCAUCAAAGAAAUGCAUCAACUUGAUGUAUUUUCUAUUUUGGACGUCUUCAUAUCAGCUGCUGUGCGUGGGACUUUUGUUUUGGUUGGACAUUCUGCCGUGGUAUGGAAAUGUUGGCAAUAUCCAAGAGUUUGGGGAAAAUUGGUGGUUUGGAGUUCAAUGCUUCUUUGGCGCAGCAGGUUGUGACUCCACGUCAGGCAUCAGAGGAACUAUUUUCAUUAUCAUGUACGUUUUAUCCUAUGCUGGAGGAGCCAAUCUACUGAGACACGCCGAGGGAGCCACUUGGCUGGCUAUUGUAUCGGUAAGCGAAAAAUUUGAAGCAUCAUUUUUAUCUUUACCUUGGCGCUCAGUUGUGGAACAGGUGUAUUCGAGCACAUUUUGGUUGUUAGCCGGGUGGUGGGUACCAUACCAUACCACUUCUGACGGGAGUGAAGUUAGGGGCAUCAAUAGCAUAGUGGAUGGAGGGCUUAGUUAG